AUGGCCUUCUUUCGUGACGGAUCCGCCCUUGACGACGGCGGCGACCAGCAGUUCCAGAACCUCAUCUGCCACGACUCGGCCCACCCCGUCUGCGACCUCGGCCGAUUCCGCCCCGCUUACGCCGGCUUGCACGGAAACCCCGACAGUGACCGUCGCGCCGUCAUCCCUUGA